AGUGUGCAUGAUGCUAAGAUCAUAGGCUUUCUCUGCUUCUCAGCACUCUUUCAGUUGUGCCUGAAGCCUAAACAGACUCGUUUAACUUCCGACCGUAUGCUUAGCAUCAACCAGAGAACAUGGUGACAAACAACAGCCUUCACGAAUGAAUUUGAUGAAAAAAAAGCGAUCCUUUGCUCAUUCACAACAGUCUUGUGCAAAGAUGUGCAUUCAAAAUCAAAAUAUCAAAAACAUGUCUGAUUCACCAGUCUCCUGGCCCAUUCCCAUGAUGGCUAUUGGAGCUCAGAAUCUGCUCACCAUGCCAGGAGGAGUGACCACAUCUGGAUACCUUCACAAAAAAGGAGGCAGCCAGAUCAGCCUAAUGAAAUGGCCUCUUCGAUUCAUUAUAAUCCACAAAGGCUGCAUCUACUAUUUCAAGAGCAGUACUUCUGCUGUGCCACAAGGUGCAUUCUCACUCAGUGGCUAUAACAGAGUCUUACGGGCAGCAGAGGAGACCACAUCUGGCAAUGUUUUCCCUUUCAAGAUUGUCCACUUCAGUAAGAGACACAGAACGUGGUAUUUCUCAGCGGCGAGUGAGGAUGAGAGAAAGAAAUGGAUGCGAAACUUAAGAAAAGAAAUAGACCAUUAUAAUGGUAAAAAGAAAUCUGACAUUCCAAGUAAUGACUUGGAUGACUACAAUCCAACUGAAGAAACUCUGGACAUCAAUGAAUCUGAUAUUGAAGAUGAACCAGAUUAUGUGUUGCAAGAUGAAGACAGUGAUGAAGAGGACGUAGAGCACAAUGGAUCCCCAGAGUUACCCGAUCGACCGCCAGUUACACCUCCACCUUACCCACCACCCCCUGUCCCUGAUCUGCCUAGAUACAGCCGCCAAACUAAGGGCCCGCUACCUCCAAUUCCUCCUCCAUUCAAAAAACCUUCUACCUGCUCAACCAAAAACAAUGGUCCUCCACCGCUACCACCUGCCCCACAUCUACAGAAACCAGAUAUGCACCAGCCAACCAGAUGCCCCAUGAGUCCAAUGCCCCCUCCACCUCCACUGGCUGGCACAAAACCUUCAUUGGGAUCCUUUUCCACAAGGCUCAUUUGCGAGAAGCCCAAUACAUCUAUCAUGGGGAAUAAGUUACCCAUCGUUGAGAACUUGCAGAAAGCGCGCUUGAACACUGGAAAUAAGCCACCCAUUCCUAUUCACCACCUGGGGGGCAGGUCCACCCCAGAUCACAGGCCAGUUUCACCACACCUGUCUACUGCUUUGAGUCACAAAACUCCUGGCAAGAUACUGAAGCCACCAAUACCAACCCAACCCAGUAGACCCUCACUCCAAAGAGCAACACCAGAUGGACAGAGUUUUCGCUCCUCUGUAGAAGAAAACCCUUUGAAGAAACGAGCGCAGGGGAGAAAUAGCGAAGACUCAGAUGAUGAGGACUAUGAAAAUAUGCAACUGCCUCCCUCAGUUUUUGUGGACAUGACAGAGACAAAUAGUGUUGAAAGAUUAUUUAAGGAGAUAUACAACUUCCCUCAGAAUGGUCUCUACUGCAUCCGAAAAUCAGGAACUGGGAAGACAUCCCAGGUGCUGGUUGUUUGGGACACAGGUAUAAACAAAGCCAGAAACUACAGGCUCUUUGAGGAGGACCAGAGGAUUUACCUGGAGACAGAUAUCACAUUUCCUACUUUAGCCGCACUGGUAGAGCACUACUAUAUUCACCCACUGCCCAGCAGCACCAACAUUCUGCCCAACUACUCCCUGUGUUUAAAUGUGCCUUUUUAUGGCUACAACACACCCAGGUGACAUCGGCCCCCUUACCUAUGCUGAAACACUUACCUGCUCUGUGCAAUCCAUGCACAAACUAAACUUCGGUGCUUUGAUCUGCUUCAGACUGCUGCAGACAGCUCCCUCUGCUGGUCAUAAAAACGUAAUACACGCGAGUGGAUGACGAAUAAACUCAAUACAUCACAUGAGGAUGAGUCACUUGUUUGUAACAGCUACAUACAUAUGGAAAUCAGAGUGAGGUCAUAACACAUUGAUUGAAAGGCUUAUGGAUAUUCAGGAGCCUUCAUGUUUUCGUUUGAGUUCAGACUACAUUUACUGCAUUGAGUCAGUACACAGAUGUGUACAUACUGUAGACUGGGUGAAUAUCAUUUGCAGGUCAUAUUUUACCACAAAAUCAGAAGAAAUAAUCAAUUAGAUCAUUUCUUUUCAUGCUAAAUUUGGAAGACAGUUCAAAACAUUUGGAGUGAAAUAUUACUAAGACAUGAUUCUGAGAUAUUCACCUGACUAUAUGAGAACUUGUUGUGCAUAACAGAGUGAGAACUUGUUUUGUCAGUCAUCUUUAUAAAUGUGAUCUAAAUAAUAGGACCCACAGAACGCUACAUCACUGAAAAUUUUAUUUUCGAAUUGCAUUGUUAAUAUUCUUAUGAUUAAGGAUUAUUACCAACAUAAAAAAGCCUCAUGAAUGUGACUGCAAUAUUUCAAUCCUUUAUAUUGCUGAUGUUGUAUAGAGUGUAUUAUAUUGUAUAUUAUACAUAAUUUAAUAACUGGAUGUCAUGUCACUUUUCUACUUUCAACACUGUGCACUCCUUUGAGAGAAAUUACAAACUUUCAUAGCACAUUGAAAAUAAAAUAAACUAUUGUAUAGCUAUUGUAUAUUGUAUAAGACUUCUGGUAAUUUUUUAUGAACAUUUACUUCAUUCAUAUGUCAUAGAGAUUUAGUUUUUUCAGUGGUGCUUGCUAAAACUUGUUGAGAAGAUGUGUGCUUUAGAGACCAGAAUAUUACAAAUACUUGCAGUGGACUCUUUGAAUUAUAACAACUGAGCAAACACACAAAACACAGUAGCAACCACCAGCAAUGCCUUAGCAACCACCCAGGACACCAAAG